AUGCAGGCGGACGGGGACGCGCCGGCGCCGGUCGUCCACUUCUGGGGCGAGCACCCGGCCACGGAGGCGGAGUUCUACGCGGCGCACGGCGCGGAGGGCGAGCCCUCCUACUUCAGCACGCCCGAGGCGGGCGCCCGGCGGCUCUUCACGCGCGCGUGGAGGCCCCGCGCGCCCGAGCGGCCCAGGGCGCUCGUCUUCAUGGUCCACGGCUACGGCAACGACGUCAGCUGGACGUUUCAGUCCACGGCGGUCUUCCUCGCGCGGUCCGGGUUCGCCUGCUUCGCGGCCGACCUCCCGGGCCACGGCCGCUCCCACGGCCUCCGCGCCUUCGUGCCCGACCUCAACGCCGCCGUCGCCGACCUCCUCGCCUUCUUCCGCGCCGUCAAGGCGAGGGAGGAGCACGCGGGCCUGCCCUGCUUCCUCUUCGGGGAGUCCAUGGGCGGGGCCAUCUGCUUGCUCAUCCACCUCCGCACGCGGCCGGAGGAGUGGGCGGGGGCGGUCCUCGUCGCGCCCAUGUGCAGGAUCUCCGACCGGAUCCGCCCGCCGUGGCCGCUGCCGGAAAUUCUCACCUUCGUCGCGCGGUUCGCGCCCACGGCCGCCAUCGUUCCCACCGCCGACCUCAUCGAGAAGUCCGUCAAGGUGCCCGCCAAGCGCAUCAUUGCAGCGCGCAACCCUGUGCGCUACAACGGCCGCCCCAGGCUCGGCACCGUCGUCGAGCUGUUGCGUGCCACCGACGAGCUGGCCAAGCGCCUCGGCGAGGUCAGCAUCCCGUUCCUUGUCGUGCACGGCAGCGCCGACGAGGUUACCGACCCGGAAGUCAGCCGCGCCCUGUACGCCGCCGCCGCCAGCAAGGACAAGACUAUCAAGAUAUACGACGGGAUGCUCCACUCCUUGCUAUUUGGGGAACCGGACGAGAACAUCGAGCGUGUCCGUGGCGACAUCCUGGCCUGGCUCAACGAGAGAUGCACACCGCCGGCAACUCCCUGGCACCGUGACAUACCUGUCGAAUAG